AUGAAGCUGGAGAACGCGGUGAUCGCCGUGACGGGCGGCGCCAGCGGCCUGGGCGCCGCAGCGGCGGAGCUGUGCCGCGCGAAGGGCGCCAAGGUGGCGGUGUUGGACAUGAACAAGGAGAAGGGCGAGGCCUUUGCGCAAAGCCUGGGCGACAACGUUAUCUUCCUAGAGACCUGGACGAUGACGAAGGGAUACGAAGGAUUAAGUGAGAAGUUCGGCAAGCUUAGCGGUGUGGUGAGCUGCGCUGGAGGGCAGACCAUGGGCACUGGCCUCACGGUGGACAAGAAAGGCCACUUGACUCACUUCAUGCGCUUGAAGAAAACCGUGGAACUCAACAUCAUCGGCACCUUUCUCGUCGCCUCCCAAAGUGCCGCGCUGAUUGCGCAGAACGAACCCGAGGACGCGGAUGGCGAGCGGGGCUGCAUCGUCAACGUUGCCAGCGUGGCGGCAGAGGAUGGGCAGAACGGGCAGAUCGCCUAUGGGGCAGGAAAAGGUGGCAUUAAGGCCAUGACACUGCCAAUGGCCCGGGAUCUGGGCAAGAGAGGUAUCCGUGUGAACUGCAUCUUGCCCGGCGUCUUUGAUACGCCGAUGACCGCGCCGCUGAAGCAGUUCAGACCCGAGGUCUACAAGAACUUGGCGCAAUCGCCGAUCUUCCCCAACACCCGACUGGGUGCGCCCGAGGAGUUUGCGCAAAUGGCCGUGGCCAUUCUGGAGAACAAGUACGUGAACGGUGAGAGCAUCCGCGUGGAUGGCGGCAUCCGCAUGGGCAAGCUUUGA